AUGGAGCGCAAUAAUUCAAAAGUGCCAGAGGAAGCUGCUAAGCAUUUACUUGAACGACUAUUACCCAUUUCUCUUAUAAACAGGAACAGCACUGUUCACUUGCUGCAACUACUUCCUUCAAACGCUUCUCUUUCUUUCUUUCUUGCAAAAACCUGCAUUUUGCUUUUCAUCUUUUUCCUUGGGCACUUGAGAAUGACGGGUGAACAAAUCCCCUUUGGUGUUGUUACUAACAUCAUCAACAUGAUUCUUUCAUCUGCCUAUGCUAAAUUUUGGAGGAUCUAUGGAGUCAUGGAUGACUUGGAGAGGCUGAAGGGCACUCUGGAAUCCAUCAAGGUUGUGCUUUCUGAUGCUGAGCUCAAACAAGGCCAGGAUGCUAAGGUUGCUCACUGGCUCAAAAAGUUCAAAAAAGUGCUCUAUGAUGCUGAUGACUUGCUUGAUGACGUCUUCAUCGAAGAUUUGCGCCGCAAAAGAAUGAGUAAGGUGCGUGGCUUCUUUUCCAAAGCUGAUAUUCUAAUUCGUUUCCGUCCUAAGUUAGCUAGUAAGAUUGAGAAAGUUCAAAAGGAGUUUAAUAAUGUUGCUGAAGAGAUGUCUAAGUUGAACUUGAGUCCGAAUUCGGUAGUUCUUAAGCAAGAUGAGUGUUCCUGGAGGGAAACAACUUCUUCUGUUUUGCAAUCAGAGAUAAUUGGAAGGGAAGAGAAUAAGAGAGAGAUGGUUAACUUGCUAAAGCAAACCCAUCCAAACCAAAAUGUUUCUUUAAUUGUUGUUGUUGGUAUGGGGGGUUUGGGCAAGACAGCCCUUGCUCAGCUCGUGUACAAUGAUGCGAAGGACCAGAAACUCUUUCAGAAAUAUAUGUGGGUGUGUGUUUCUGAAGAUUUUACAGUGAAAACUGUUUUAAAGAAGAUGCUAGAGUCAUUGAAGAAGGAUGCUGGCGGUGACUCAUCAGAGGCCCUACAACAGAAGUUGCAAGAAGAACUAAAUGGACAAAAGUAUAUGCUUGUGCUCGAUGACGUGUGGAAUGAAGAUCAUUUAAAGUGGAGUAAUUUAAGAACUCAUUUGAUGUGCGGAGGCCAAGGCAGUAAGCUAUUAGUAACGACUCGUAGUACAUUGGUUUCUCAAGCAAUGGGUAUAGACGAGCCGUAUGUUUUGAGAGGUUUGACAGAUGAGCAAUCUUGGACAUUGCUAAAGAAUCUGACAUUUGGUGAAGAUAGCACCAAAAUGAGCUCCAAAUUCCAAACAAUUGGAGAGAAAAUUGCAAAGAAGUGUGAAGGAGUGCCAUUGGCAAUCAGAACAAUAGGAGGCUUCUUACGAGCAAGGGUUCAAGAAACUGAUCAAUGGUCAAGUCUUUUGAAUGGUGAUAUUUGGAGGUUAUGUAAAGAAGAACAGAGUAUCAUGCCGGUGCUGAAUUUGAGUUAUCGCAACUUGCCACUUGAAUUAAGACAAUGUUUUGCAUAUUGUUGUCUAUAUCCAAAGGAUCAGAUAAUUAAAAAGGAUGAUUGUAUUCAAUUGUGGACAGCACAAGGUUACCUUGCAAGUUCAACUGAAACCCAAUCCGUGGAAGAUGUGGGUAAUCAAUAUGUCAAAAUUUUGUUAAUGAGGUCAUUUUUUCAAGACGCAUCAAUGGAUAAAAGUGGUCAUAUUAAGUCCUUCAAAAUGCAUGAUUUGAUGCACGAUCUUGCAACGUUGGUAGCUGGGAAUGAUUGUUACUUAUGUACUGAGGGAAGAGGAAUUGUUGGAAGACCCAUGCAUGUGUCAUUUGGACCUCAAAUCAAUUGUUCAUUGGAUGUGUUUGACGAUUGCAAAUUACGGACAUUCAUCUGUUGGGAGCUUGCUACUGAUUUAUUUGCCAAACUAUCUUUUUCAGGAAAAUUGAAGUACCUCCGCGCUUUGAAUUUGUCAUUUUAUUCUCUGUCUCAGCUACCAAAGUCUAUUGAUAAAGUCAAGCAUUUAAGAUAUCUUGAACUUUCACACUCUGGAAAACUAAGUGAUUUGCCGGAUUCAAUUGGCAAUCUUAUUUGUUUACAAACAUUAAAAUUAGAGUGUUGUGAAGCUUUAGUUGGUUUGCCCGAAUCAAUUGGCAACCUUGUUUGUUUACAAACAUUAACCUUGUGGAGUUGUAAAUCUUUAGUUAGUUUGCCCGAGUCAAUUGGCAAUCUUGUUUGUUUACAAACACUUGAUUUAAAUGGGUGUGUUAGUUUAAAUGAUUUGCCUGAGUCCGUUGGAAAUCUGGUAUGUUUACAAUCAUUGAAAAUAAAUUAUUGUCUGGCACUUGGUUUUCCUGAAGAAAUUAUUACAAAAUUGAUCAAUUUGAAGAAGCUUGAUAUUGAAGAUUCUGCCUUUAAAUACGGCAUGCCAGUAGGAUUGGGGAAAUUGAUUUCAUUGCAAUCCUUACCAAAAUUUGUAGUAGGAAACAGCGAUUAUGGGAGAUAUGGGACAUUGAAUGAACUGAAAGAGCUUGAUAAGCUCAGAGGCAAAUUGACUAUUAGCAAUUUGGGUCUGGUAAAGGACACGUCAGCGGAAUCAAACCAGACAAAUCUGAGAUCCAAGAAAUACAUCCAAGAUCUUUCUCUGUUAUGGGGACAUGACCUUUAUUCCAAUAAUUGUGUAAUAAAAAAUAGUGAUAGCUCCUUGUUAUUAGAUAAUCUUUGUCCCCACGAGAAUCUGAGAUCACUAGAUGUGAAUGGCUUUCCAGGAGUGAGGUUUUCAAAUUGGCUUAUGUCGCUGACUAGUAUUGUGCACAUUAAUUUUUUCAAUUUUCCCAACUGCAAACAUCUCCCACCUUUGGAAAGAUUGCCUUGCCUUCGAACGCUUCAGAUUCAUAACAUGGGAUCGCUGGAGUGCAUGCAUUAUUAUGAAAGUAUUGGUGAUGUGUUCUUCCCAUCUUUGAAGAAACUCUACUUCUCAGGCUGUGAGAAUUUGAGGGGAUGGGAGAAUAAUGCAAAUGAGACUCAAAACCAUAUUUCUCUCCCUCCUUUUCCGCGUCUCUCUUCUCUCCAAAUUGCUAAUUGUCCAAACUUAACCUGCAUGCCUUCUUUCCCACACCUCGUUAAGGAGUUGGAGUUGCGAUGGGGUAGUAGCGUGAAGCCGUUGUUAGAAACAUGUAUGGUUAAGCAUGAGUCUUCAUCCAUCUCUCCUCUCUCUCAUCUCAAGCGCUUGUGGCUUUGGGGAGUUACAGAGAUAGAAGCAAUGGCAGAGGACUGGAUGAAAAACCUCACAUCGCUCCAGAUUCUCGAACUUGGUGGAUCGUCAACCAUUCAGAUUCUGUCACGACACUUGCAAUAUCUUCCUUCUCAACUUCAACAGUUGCAGAUGAGUUUCGACGACGACAAGGUUGACCUCUGUAAAGACACACAAGGUCGUGGUCCUCCUCUCGCCCUCUCUUCUCUGCAUAAAAUCUCCUUCUGGUAUUGUGAGAACAUGAAGGCUUUACCAGAGCAGAUCGACGAUCUCCAAUCACUGAGGCAUAUUGAGAUUAUGAAUUGCCCUAAAUUAGAGUCAUUGGAUGAAGCUGAGCGGUGCCUUACCAACAUACACACACUGUCGAUCAGAGAUUGUCCACUCCUAAAGCGCAGAUACAACACUGAAAGUGGAAAACAUCGGGCCAAGAUUGCUCACAUCCCAAACAUAUCCAUAUACUGAGAUUGAUCCCCUCAAAAGGGGAUUCUUGCAAAUCAUUUUAUUCUUGGCAUACUAUCAAAUUUCAAUAGGUGGAUGUCUGCUGCUUCAACAUAGAUGGUUCAAUGGGAAGAUACAAUUAUUUGGUCUCAUCAUUCCAUUUUGCAAAAUGUUAAAUCCUCAAGAUGGUCAAAUUCUGACCCAGUUCCUCAUUUGGGUGCAACAGCAGGAUCCGAAGGAAGUUACUUUCAGCUACAAGCCAAUUACUACUAGCUUCAAACAUAUUUAGAUUAUUUCCAGAAGAAGCAUCAGAGAUGGAUUAAGAGAAAUGUUGCUGGUAUUGAACUACUUGAUCUGCUUCUGGCGUGGAACACCUCUGAUGUCAUCACCUCUCUUAAUUUAGUUGGAGCUCCCUUCCAGUCUUUGCAAUAUUUGUCGAGAAAGAAAAGUUCUUGGGCAAUGGCAUAUAACUCACUAUCCAACAGAGCGCCCAUCCUUAGAAGAUUACUGGGUUUGGAUUCUCAUAUUGCCUCUUCAUUUUCCUUGUUUAUAAUUAAAUUUGCCAUUCAAGCACGAGCAUUAUCUGGCUUCAUGUGAUAACGAUUACGUGACUAGUUGGAUCCAUAUAUGGUUUUGUGGCAUCUCCCCCUCCUGAUGGCCAUGCCGAAGGGAGCGGGUAGAGUUGCUGGGUAGGUUAUUUCAAGGCACAGUGGAGAUUGCUUUAUUUCUUGCUUCAUGUGAAAGAUUUUCCUGAAUUUGAUUUCAGGUGGGUGAUUAUGUAAUAUGGGUUGUGGCUGUUAGAGUCGCAACAUGGUAAUAGGAGGUUGGGUAUGAAUUGGCAUGUGUGUUCAUUGAGAUAAGCUUGUUGUACGGGAAUUUAUUGUUCAAACUUCCCAUUUUUGUGUAUGUUGUUCUGUGAUCUGUGAUGUGAUAUCAUAAACUUUGAUGUAUCACCUGCUGUGUUUCCCUCUUGUUUUGGAAGCACACUUUAUCUAUCUAAAACGAGGAUUAUCACAAUUCAAAGCUCUAUUAGUACUUCUCUUAUUGUGACAUACACUCAUUUU